CCUAGAAAAGGCGAAAAGUAAGGGCUGAAGCCUAUGGACUUUCGAGCCCGUUUCAACCCCCCACUCGGAACCUCUUUUAAUAAGGCUCAAGAUCCCAGAAUAAAUACCUAGGGAUACUAAAGCUAUUCUUCCCUCCCGGUGGAGGGCAGGAAUUCCCGGGCUUUGGGGUCAGGAGAGCCCUCUUCCAUACCCCACCCCCAUUUUAUCUCCCAGCGAGAUAGAUCCUGAUUGGGAGGCAGAGAAGGAAACAGGCAUAAAAGACAUGCCUGUAGAACCCUCUGAGCGCCCAGUCCCGAUCCUGAGCAUUUCUUUCCCGGCCACCACUCCCUUCCCAAUGCUCCUGAGGGGGGCGGGGCUGGGUGUUGGCUGGUCCAGGAUGUGAGAUCCUGGAUGAAAGAAAAAGCUAGUGUAAGUGUUUGAGGCCUUCCAGGGAGCAGGACAGGGCAGGUAAUGCGUAGGGGUCCUGUUUCACCGAACUGGCAAACAAGCCAAGGGGAGAGAACAGGUAAGGAGAGGUGGGGGAAAAGUUGACUGGGUGCAGAGGAGAAAUCAUUUAGGGUCCGGGCUUGACAGGAUUUUCACCCUCCCUCCUACUACCCCUCAUUAAGAGGAUGGAGCUUGGCGACCCAGAACUGCUGAAUAUCUUGUUGGAACCUUCAGAAGACAUAACCAUAAGGGCCUUCCCAGAGCUGGCAGGACCCUCCUCAUUCCAAGAGCCAGUUGGAAGUGGACUGCAAGAUCCAGUGCUGGGAGGAUGGGAGCCCCGUGGGAACAGCAGCUGUGGCCUUCAGGAGAAUGAGCCAGAUGAUUUUCUGAACCUACUCAUUGAUCCCAAUGAGGUCUAUCAGUCCAGAGUUUCUCCAGGAAGUGACAGUGGUAUUUCUGAGGAACCUGGUCUUCCAGACAGCUCCCCUGCCCCCAUGGCUCUUAGUCCUCCUGCCCUUUAUGAGGUUGUCUAUGAGACGGGGGCCCUAGAAGGACUGCAAGGAAAAGCUGACCACACCAGCUCUGGACUCAUCUCUAUCCAGCUAGGUCAGUGGAGCCCUCCACUGCUGAUCCCUGAUGGCUGCAUCAUCAGUGAGCCUCCCACUGACCCUCCUGUCCACCCAGAGCCCAGAAUAGGUACAGGAGUCUUGGUGCCUCCUGAGACACUGCUGCACUGCCCAGCAUUGUAUCUGACAGAUGAAGAGAAGCGACUGUUGGGACAAGAAGGGGUAACUCUGCCCUAUCACCUACCCCUCACCAAGGCAGAGGAAAGAGUCCUUAAGAAGGUUCGGAGGAAAAUCAGAAACAAGCAGUCUGCUCAGGAUAGCCGGAGACGCAAGAAAGAAUACAUAGAUGGUCUGGAGACUAGGGUGGCUGCCUGCUCAGUACAGAAUCAGCAGCUACAAAAGAAGCUGCAGGAGCUGGAGAGACACAAUAUCUCCUUAGUGGCUCAACUUCGACAACUACAGGCACUCAUUGCUCAGACCUCUAACAAGGCUGCCCAGACCAGCACUUGUGUCCUGAUCCUCAUACUCUCCUUAACCCUCAUCAUCCUUCCCAGCUUCAACCCCUUUCACAGGGAACAGCCAACUGGGCCUGACACUUAUAAGCCUAGUGGAGUUAUCUCCAGAAACAUCUUGACUCACAGGGAUGUGCCUGAUAUCCUGAGGACCCUGGUAUCACAGCCUGGAGUCAAGGAUACCAAUGGUUCCUCAGAGGCAGUGCGUCAGGAGGGUGGGAAGCAGCCAGGCCGCAGGAAGAGGGGCCCAGCGGUGCAGCAUGCUGAUGAGAUGUAAGACAGAUUUGGAAAAAGGGUAGAAGGCCUGCAAGUCCUGAGAUUGAAAUAGAGAGCACUUCCCCACCCCCAAGUCUUCACACCCUAAGGCAGCAGGCUGGAGAGAACCUGGAAGUAGUACCCUUUCCCUGUUCCCUAACCUGGCCAGCAGCUUCUGCUCUCAAUGUGAAUAGUAACAUACAACCAAGGGGAGCUCUAAGUGGAGCUUUUUAGAGGGGGAGGGGAAAGGAGACAAGGAUGCUGCUCUACAAUAAAGUUAUAAUUUCUACCUGA